CUAAACAUACCCUAAGAAAUACUGAAAUGGCGGUGUGUAAUCCCAAGGGAGGGAGAACAGCUACUCCUUCAUUAUUAGCAAUGUUGCUGAUGAUGAUCAUGAUUCUCCUUAAUGCAUAUUGUUGUAGUGUUGUUGUCGUUGGUAAGAGCAACACCAGUGUCCAAUGCAGCGGCAGCCGCCUCGAUGAAUGCCUAAUCGAUGAGGACUUGGAGUUGGAGUUGGGGUUCCUGAUCAAUCCCUAUGUAAGCCGGAUGCUUGCUGAUCAUGGUCCAAAGUCUCGGCCCAACUCCUCCAAUAAUAAACCAGCCUUUAAUGAGCCUUGUGGGAAAUCUGGAGACGCUGGAUACUCUGAAUGCAUUGCUAAACAUAAACCAAACCCACAUGAAUGUCUGCGCAAACAUAUUUAUGGCCGUUGCUAGCCACAUUAAAAUUUGAAUCGUGGAAUUAGUGUGUUUCCUUCCAGGUCUAGUUCACUUCGUUCUCCUAGCUAUAUCCUAUGUGUAUUACUGCCUUGAAUGAUUGUGAAACCCUGGUACGUUUAUGUGUUUGAAUUGAUGUAUUACUUUUGAUUGUUUAGAGAAGAUUAUGCUAUUUCCACAA